UAUAGCUACCUCAGCAGUCAGCACACACUUAAAAAAAACAACAACAACAACAAAGGAAGAUUAACACAGACAUUUUGGACAAUUCAAACUCCUCCUGCAUGCAGAGUCAAUAACAUACAAGCACUCAAACACACUCUUCUCCAGGGAUGAUGAUGCUGUGCUGUCGUUUGCGUCCCUCACUUCCUCACCUCUUGUCGCUGAGGCUGCUGGGUACAGCGUCCUCCAGGAUGGUGGCUGCCAAGGCGCCAGACCUUCUCUCAGCGACUCUGGCCUUUGAGGAUCCCAGUGCCUUCAGGGUGAAGAGUUGGGGCGAACUGCUACGUGCUCUGAGCAUCUUCCGCUUCUGCUCCUUCCCUGUGCUGGUUAAUCACUGUGGGAAGCUGAUGUCAGUAGCACGCACUCUACUGGGCAGGAGGGGGUUCUCCUUGCUGCUGCGACCCACGGUGUAUGCCCAGUUUGUGGCCGGAGAGAAUGAGAGUGAGAUCUCUCAGUCCAUGGAGAAGAUGAGCUUGCUGGGACUGAGGCCCAUGCUGGCGGUACCUAUCGAGGAGGAUCUGGGAGAAAGCAUUGGAGAGAAGAGAUAUGAUGACAACAUGGAGGCCAUGUUGGAAUGUGUGCGAAUGUCCCACAGCAACGCCUGGAGCAAAGAUCCCAUGAUGCAGCUGAAGAUCACAGCCCUGCUCAGCCCAGAGCUGUGUGUGAAACUCACCACCCUCAUUGCAAAACAACCAUAUGACGUGAAUCUCCUUGUCAGAGCUAUGGAUGGAGAGCCGAUAAACUUCCCUGGUUUAAGUGAAGGUGAAGCUGCACACUUCCUGUGUGGCCUGCAGAGACUCAACAGAAUAGCAGAGGCCAGUGUCAACAAAGUUCGAGUCCUGGUUGAUGCAGAGUACACCUACAUGAACCCCGCCCUCUCCCUUGUAACCAUGGCGAUGAUGAAGAAGUUUAACAAAGAUGGUGCCUGGAUCUGGAACACAUACCAGUGUUACCUGAAGGAGUCCAGGUCUCUCCUGUUAGAAGCUCUGCAUCUGUCUAAGAAUGAGGGUUUCUGUUUUGGAGUCAAGUUGGUGCGAGGAGCCUACAUGGACAAAGAGAGGAAGCUGGCGGAGAAAGAGAGUCGCCUAGACCCCAUCCAUAAGUGCUGGGAGGAUACUAAUGACAGUUAUAACGGCUCGCUGGAUGUGAUGCUGGACGUCAUCACCCAGAAUCCUGAGCGCUACAGGAUCAUAGUCGCCACGCACAACGAAGAGUCAGUGAGACGAGCCGCCAAACGGAUAGAAGAACUGGGGAUAGACAAAGAUGGAGGUUCAGUGUGUUUUGGCCAGCUGCUGGGCAUGUGUGACCAUGUCUCCCUCACUCUGGCUAAGGAAGGUUAUGCCGUGUACAAGUCAGUGCCAUACGGCUCAGUGGACGACACGCUCCCCUACCUGGUGCGACGGGCUCAGGAGAAUCGCACUGUGUUGCAGGGAAUCCGCAAGGAAAGGGAUCUACUGAGGCAAGAGCUCCAGAGAAGACUCCGUCUGAGGCUGAGAGGAGGCAGCUAAUGGGCCACCAGCACAGAGGGGAAACAGAGAAGAGAGAUCAGUAUGAACUCGCCCGCUGAACAACUGAACACACACAAGGAUCCUAAUCAGGAUAUUAAGUAGAAUCAGGAAGCCGCAUGGGAACACUGCAUCAAAGAAAAGAUCAAAUCCAUGUACACUUGCAUAAAAGCUAUAGCCUACUGUAUACUGAUGAAGAACUGAAGCAUGAAACUAUUCAGUGGUUUGAUGACAACUGAGAGCAAUAAUUGCAACAAUAUAUGCUGUUUGUUGGAAAAGUUGUAGAAAAAUGUGCAUUUAAAUUACUUUCAUUAUAAUUUUUUCUGCUGUACAUUACAACUGUCAAUAUCUUAUGUUUUUGUAGUAAUAAAAUACUUAUUUUCAUUUUUGCCUGCUGGGUUGAAACAACACUUACUGCAAACAAUUAAAAAUAGAGGGAAACUGUUAAUAUUGCAAAGCUGCUCAGACUGAUUGUCUGCACUUUAAAAAAAAAAACUGGAUUGAAGUUCUUAAUAUCUGAGGAAAUGACAGUAAAACCUGAUAUUCAUGUUUUUUGCUGUAGCAGGAAGUGUCUCAGUCUGAUGGCAUGAUGACUACAUUUUGUCAGUUAUCCGUAUCACAGCAGCUCUACACAACAGUGAAAGCUGUUUUGACAGUUUUUGGAGAGGUUGAAAGUGGGUCUUUGUUUUAAAAUGCAGUUUUAAUUGACAGAUUCCAAUCAGUUGUCAAAAGCAAAAACUUG